AAAAAGAGAGAGUUUAAGUCUGCUGAGAUGGUUUCUUUGUCCUUUUUUUCUUCUAUUCUUAGGAGGGAUGCUAAACCGAACUGAGCAUAGAGGCAUGUGCAGGCUGCUAUCGUCAAUGAUGUCUGGAACUGAGCCACAUACCGACAGAGAGGAGGACUACAGGUUUCUCCACAGCAUGUUGAUGGAGAAGAAGCUUCACUUGCUCUUCAAGAUUCACGAGCAACUGAAGCGUUUUGAGAAGCGAAGCCCCGUCCCCGUCCAGGAGCACACAGUGAAUCUGGCCUCAAGUUUGGCAGAGGAACUCAUAUACCAGGGUUGGAGAGAGGAAGUCAAAGAGCUGCUUGCCCUCAUUUCCAAACCCCACUUUCAGAGUCUCCUGCAUGUCCAUGACGCUGUAGCUCAGAGAGACUUUGAGCCUGUUCUGCCACCCAUACCUGAUGACGCACUGGAGGACGAGGAGGAUUCGGUCAAAAUUGUCAGUUUGGUCAAAACCAAAGAGCCUCUGGGAGCAACAAUUAAGAGGGAUACAUCCACCGGGGCUAUUGUUGUGGCGAGGAUCAUGAGAGGAGGUGCAGCUGACAAAAGCGGCCUCAUCCAUGAAGGCGAUGAGCUGAAAGAGGUGAAUGGAGUCUCACUAGAGCACAGGAAGCCAAAGGAAAUCCUUCCUCUGCUGGCUCGCUCUAAGGAUGAAGUCAGGUUCAAAAUUAUUCCUGCAUACUCCAGGGAAGAAAUGUCAACAACUAAGCAAAAGCUGUUUGUGCGAGCUCUGUUUGACUAUGAUCCCAAUCAAGAUCCUAGCAUUCCAUGCAAGGACGCUGCACUCGCCUUUAAAAGGGGUGACGUCCUCCAGAUUGUCAGCAUGGAGGAUGACACCUGGUGGCAGGCCUGUCACCUUGAGGACAGCAACGGUGGAGCUGGGCUCAUCCCCUCGAAGGAGCUGCAUGAAAGAAGAGUCGCUCUACAGCGACCCAAAGCUCUGUUCCAGCCUCGGAGAGUCAAGCCACCAGAGGAGGAGGAGGAAGUUUUUCCAGUCACGGAGGAUGCAGACUAUAGAGCUAUAACAGGGAUCCAUGUUGCUGGUUUAAGAAGGAGUUUCCGUCUUGGUAGAAAGAGCAGCUGGGCCAAAGAAGCUGCUCGGUUCAGGAGAUGGAGCGCCGGGGUACACAGCUCAAUUUGUCCACCUACCUACAUAAAGGUGAUCCCCUACCACAGGGAGCCAAAGGACAGACAUCGAGUGGUCAUCCUGGUUGGGCCCAGCGGCGUUGGCGUUAAUGAACUGAAGAGGAGGCUGCUGAUCUCCGACCCCGACCGCUAUGGCGUCACCGUACCCCACACCACACGGGAGAAGAGAAGGCAGGAAAGCGAAGGUGUGGAUUAUCAUUUUGUGUCAGUCCACAUGUUUGAAGAGCUCAUUCUGAGUCACAGGUUUAUUGAGUAUGGGAGUUACAGAGGUCACUACUAUGGAACAAGUCUAGACUCUGUGCACAGAGUGAUGGCAGAGGGCAAGGUCUGCCUCCUGGAUGCUCACCCCAGUAAAAUAAAGCGUGUGUACACGUCAGAAUUUAAACCAUACGUGGUGUUUGUCAAGCCACCGCGCAUAGAGGAGCUACGCCUCACCAGACGGAGAGCUAAAUUUGUCUGCGAUGAAGAGGAUACUAACCAAGUCAGGAUCUUUUCAGAGGCGGAUUUUGAGGACAUGAUUGACUUGGCUGAAAACAUGGAGCGCCAGUACGGUCACCUGUUUGACAAGGUGAUUGUUAACGGAGAUAUCGCCUCUGCGUUCAGAGAGCUGAGGUCAGACCUCGAGAAGAUUCAGGAGGCACGGGUCCAGUGGGUGCCUACAGAGUGGAGCUGCUCCUCACCAACAAAAGCACGGAGAAGCUGUAGUCAUCUGCCCAGCUGGAUUUGAGAUUUAUAUAUGAAUUUGCAGAAGAAGAACAAGAAGAAGGGGGAAAAAAGGAAACUCUCCAGAGCUUGUGGCUGAGUGUAAUGCCUCCCUGCCAAGUCGCAAACAUCAGCAUGUAAUUAUUCUGACAGCUGCUGCACUUCAAUUAACUGUAAUGUACACCAGAGAAAUAUUAUUAGUAGCAGUCAGGGAGGCUUUUUUUGCCAGCUACAUGCUAUAUGGAGCAGGGACACAAACAUGAUAAUAAUCAUAAACUUUAGCUGAAGCAAGAUGAAAAACCGUUUUAUGGUUGCGAACAGCAGAAUGGUGCAAAUACUGCAAAGACCCAAAGGUGCAGCAGGUCCAAUAACUAAUUGUUAAGUGCUCUAUUCUGAAAAUCACCUUUGUUAUAGAACAUUAACCACAACGAGGUGUCUUUUACCCGAAAACAUAUUGAGACAAUUAAAAACAAUUGGCAGAAACUCACCAUUAGUGACACUCCAUUAACAAAUACUCAUAUUUGAGCAUCACAGCUGGUCGUCGGGUGCAAAUUUUAGUCCUCUCGCUCACACAUGGCGGGUAAUCCAAUGUUUUUAUGGCUGCAUUUCUCUACAGCCGUGGUGUUUCCUUCCUCGUUAUGGAUGGUGUGCUCAAUUGGGUGUGAAGGAGUGUUAAUGGCUCUAUCAUGUCGUGUUUGCGAGGAAGAGAGAGCAGCGUGAUGUGGGGAGACGGUAAUGGCUUUCAAGGGACGUGGGCCUUCGUAGACGUACGGAGAGAAGUUAUGACAGCAUAUAAAAUUGUACUUUAAAAACACAGUGAGGCUAGACGUAGUCGAUCAGGCUGCAGAGGUAAAGAGAGCAUCAUCGAGUGUCAAAUAUUUAUUUGUCUUUGGAAAGCUUAUUGUAAGAGUCAAACAUAACUGAGUGGACGCAGACAGCAUAGAUGCAUCCACUGGUAUGUCUGCAUUUCUUUCUUUCUUUCUUAUUUUCUAUUUUAAAUGCAGACUCAAGACAACACUCGACACUCUUGCCAGGUCUGAAGCCCAACCUGAGCCAAAGUGUGGCAGUGUAAUUUCAUCACACCGCUGAGAAUCUGCAGGCACCCUCUGAGAUCAUAACGAUGCCAUUAAAGACACCAGAGUGCUCCAAUGAAAACCCGCCGUUUUAUGUUCAGAGUAGCUCCCACUUCAAACAUUACACAGAAGUAUGAUGUCAAUUGGUCUCGGAUAAUUUGGCUCAGUCAUGUAGCUGUCUAUCUGAAGAAUGUAACAAUAAAUACAACCAAUGUUAAACAACAUCUAGUUUUUUAGCAGGAAACGUUCAUUACUUUUAAACAACCGACACAGUAAAGCACAUGCUAAAAGUAUAUGGGAGAUACUUACACAAACCUAAAGCAGGAAGGGAAAGGUUCUGAGUUUAUUGCAGAAUACUGUAGGUUUAGAGAGUCUUUGGCUGACUCAUUUGUGCUGACACUAACCCCAAAAAACUUUGCAACACAAAAAUCUCAAAAAGACAAUUUUGCAACCAAUAAGGAAUCAAAUUCUAAUUUUCACCUCAACUUUUUUGCUCAGUUUUGGUUUCCACCCACUCUAGAGGCAAAUGGCUAGCUCCUUAGGCGCUAAAUGCUACACUGCUUUCAUGAGCUAGUCACCAAGUUUGUCAGUUUGCUCAAGCAUCAACAGACAUGCUAAUGCUUUGUCUUUGUGGCCUUCAUCAGAGCAUAACAUCAUUAGGGUGUUUAUUGGCAUGGCCAAAAUACAUUGAAGAAAUAGACUUAAGUCACUGAAAUGGGUGUUGAAGUUUUAUGCUAGCACUACCUAUUUAUCUUGAUGCUACAGUUAUUUGAUUUUGAUUAGCACCAUGUCUGAAUGUACCGGGGAAAUGCAUCCUCUUUAGAAACUUAAGUUGUCAGUUUAUUGUUAAUUGCUAACUAAUUAGAGUGCUUGAGCUGCUUCAUUUCCACUAACUGCAGGCUGUAAACUAAAACAAUUGGCUAAAAAAAAAUACUGAAAUGCUAAAAUAGGACACAGCACCAGCAGCAUGCAACAGAAUUUACAACAUUCAACAGCGCUAUCAAUAAUUGUCUGUUUGAACCAAACGGAUUAGAAAUAAUAAUAAUAAAAAGAA